AAACUCCAAGCUCAAACUCAUCGCAGAUAUCUAUCGAGACUACCGCGCUCUCAAGAAGCACUACCCUGUUUCGCCCGAGCUUAUCAGAUUCUCCCGCAAACGCUAUGCCAAAAUGACCAGUCCCUCUGAAUUCUCAAACAUCAAUGGCAGAACGUCUUCUCCGCUAGAUUCAGAUCUCUCGCAGCCUCUUUCUCGUAGACAAAGACUCUUGGGCCUAGCCAGAGCCACCAGAGACAACUAUAUACCACGACUCACUGGUCAAGUCACCCAGAUAGCCUCAGGAGCUUCUCGCGCUUUUGCUACACCUGGAAGUGAUCUCUACGAUGAACAGGGAAACGUCAUCUUCCCCAAAGAUGCUUCUAUUACCUUGUUCCCGUCGUACACCAGACAGGUAGGCGACAAAUACUACAUAGACAUCAAGGGCUGGGUCUCGUGCCCCGGUCUCAUGACUCGUAAAAACAGAUUGAUCCUCUCAUUAGUGAGGCAAGUUACACGGUACAACUCGGCCAACUCAGAUCAGGCUAUACACCAGUUGGAAAGCGACAAGUUGAAACAGGAUAUGCUCCAGGAUGACGUUUCUGAUUUGGAAUCGUUUCAUUCCGAAGCUUCUAAAGAUUCGAAUCCAGACCAACUUAGAAAUGUCACGAGCUCUAGCUCAUCUGUACAGACUGGUCCGUCUGCUUUCAACAACGAAGAGUUGAUGAAGGAGAGAUUGGCAUCAUUUAUCGCCAGAUCAAUCCCUAAUGCAGCACUAACUGUGGUUAUAGGCUCUCACGUAGUCCAUUCUGAAAUCGCAGAAAAGGAAGUCUUCACAGAUGCCAGUGGAAAUUUCGAAACAACAGUCCAGACCAGCUACCUUCCCUCAGUUAUUCAGGUCAAGGCUAACUCCGAUGAUACUAUCUUUUCGUUUCAGGACGUCAUGUUCGUACCAGGUGAAGGGAUUGGUGUGAUCAGUGAUAUCGACGACACUGUCAAAUUGACUGGUGUUAUAGGCGACAAAAGAGAAUUGAUGACAAACCUUUUAUUGAAGGAAGUGACAACUUGGAGCAUUCCUCCCGUUAUUAGCUGGUAUGAUAACAUCAAAAAACUAGACAACGUUUCGUUCCAUUAUGUUUCCAACUCACCCUGGCAAUUGUUCAGUACAAUCGAACAAUAUUUUCGUGCCGUGAAACUUCCCUAUGGGUCGUUCCAUCUAAAGCACUACACCGGUAAUAUUAUUUCCUCCCUUAUGGAGCCCUCUUCUUCUCGUAAAAAAAAGUCAUUAGACAAGAUCUUGAAUGAUUUCCCUGAAAAGAAGUUUAUAUGUGUUGGUGAUUCAGGUGAAGCAGAUCUUGAAGCCUACGUGGACUUGGCCAAAUCUCACCCAGGGCACAUUUUGAGCAUCAAUAUUCGUGUUGUAGAGGAUUCUUUGUCUGACGUUGACGACAAUAAGAUCCUCAAUGAGCUUGUAAGAAUAUUGACUACGAAAAGAAGAGUAACGUCUUCAUCUGCAACUCCACAGCCGGUAGAAAUACCAAAUUUGAUUGACUUAUCUGAUGAUAGCCCUGUAUCUACUCCACAGGCAGAAGAAAGAAGAGCCAAAUUACCUCCAAUGAUACCGAAGAAACCAACCAAUUUGAAAGGAAAUUCGCUUGAAAAGAAGCCACCCUUACCUAGAAGAGAUUAUUUGGCAAGAGCUCAUACCGAUUCUGAACUUGCUUCUAAACCUACUGUGAUUGAGUUAACAACUGUUGAACUGCCACCUUUACCCAAACGACCUGAUGCCGUCUUGCAUCACGCCAAAACUGAAAGCGAUGAAGCUUUUUCACAGCAUGAAAACAAUCUUUUUGACAACUUGCAGAACAUAUACGAUUCGCCAAAUUUCUACGAACUUGAAGAAAUGGAUAGAAAAGGAGCCAAUUGGAUUCGCAGAGUGAUAACAUCGUUACAAGAUCUAGAAGGCUCCGGUACGGAACUCAGGUUAUUCUCUGAUGGAGACCAACAGUUCUUUGCCAACAGCACCGAGGACCUCCGAAAUUUGAAGCGUUGAUGGUUACGAAAAAAUUUCAAUGAUGUUAUAAUGUUAUAUAUAACGUAGGUAUAUAUAGAUAUGGUACAAACGUGAAAAUGCUAGAGAUCACAAUCAGGGAGGAAAAUCAAUUCGUCUCGGAUCUGGAGAUCAAGAAUCUUUAAAUGUAUUAAAGACGAAUAUCUUUAAGUAUUAAAGCUUAUGCCGACGAGACGAUGGGUUGCCCUUCUUCGGACACCGUCUCUUGAACAGAAGUAUCCACCUCUGUUUCUUUCGUGAUUUCUGCUGUUUCUGAAGCAGCCUCUGGAGUAGAUCCUGGACCUGUCUCUGCCUCACUAGAUUCAAGCACAGGCUCCUUUGGCUCUUCGGAUUCCUUUGGUUCUUCAGAUUCAUCGUUCUGUAAGUAAAGCUCCUGGAUAUGAGAACCAUCGCCGUAAUCUCUGACGUUUUCGUCGCUGUCUUCUGGUAAGUCCUUCCUGAACUGCGACAAGUCCCAUUGGUCUCCUUCAUCCUCUUCGGUGUAAUACUUGUCGGAGAACUUCUCCAAUAUGACUUCUUUACCGGUCUUGGGUCUCUUUCCAGACUUCUCGUCCUUCCUUUUGUCGUCUUCUCUCUUCUUCAACUGAUUGGCUUUCCAUUUCUGGAAUGUCUCGAUAGUGAUAGGCGUGAACUUGCUUUUGUCCAACUUGGUUCUUUCAAGCUCAAGGAACUCUUCCAAGGAAAUCUUGGGCUGUGACUCGGCAGCCAAUCUUUCCAAUCUCUUUUGUUCCUUUGUCUUCAACACAAAUCCUGGAGGCAAAGAGUGUCUGUACUUACAUUCGUUACCACCAUUGGGGCAUACCCAGAACCAACCAUACUUUCCGUUUUCUACAGCUUCAAUGAAAUGCUUACAGACUUUAUCAGUGGUAGUCUUGGGAUUACCAUGCUUGGACAGAAUAACCUUACGUAAUUUCUCUUCAUCCCAUUGGUCCAUGGUAUCUUCUUCCUUUUCAGCUCUGGCAUCUGUGUACAAGUCCUUCUUGGCAUCUUUUCUGCCGACAUUGAUAUCGUGGGAAAACUUACACUUGUUACCUUUAGUACAAAGACCCUUUUUGAAAAAUUCACAUAACACCGAUUUGGGAUCCACACCAAAAGGAACUUUCUGCUGGACAAUACCAAAAAGUGCAGCUGCCUCUUUUUUUGCAUCUUCCGCUGCCUUCUUCUCAGCUGCUAGUCUUUUAGCUUCAGCUUCCUUCUUUUUGGCCAUUCCUCCAUCGAUACCAGCCUGGAUCUGCGAAAUCUGCUGUUGCACUUUCUUGGAUUUGUUCUUGUUCUUCAACCCGAACGUUUUAUCGUCCGCAGACUUGGCCUUGGCCUUGGACUUGUUCUUGUCUGAAAUCUGGGGCUGCUUCUUCUUUGGUGGCAUCGCUGUUU